CUGCCCGUCACCCCAUCCGGAAGUAUAGUUUGAUUCCGGUUCCGGUCAGAAGAGGAAGCGUGUGUAAGAAAUUAAGAAAAAAGGAGUGUUGAAUUGACUGCACCAUAAUUAGGCGAUUUUGGUAAACAUUUUUGUUUCACCAGCAUUUCUGAAAAGAUUGCAUUAUGACACUAAAGCAAAAAAAUGGGGCAAUGUUUUGGAUUUUCUGUGUUUGUACCUUUGUAUCUUUUGCCCUGGAAUGUGAAGCUUUUAACAACACACAUAAUUUACAAGGGGAAUUUAUGCAACAUAAAUGGAGUAUUCCAGUUCAUCUGCUUGCAGGUCUGCAAGCACACCGUGACAUCAUUGCAAAGGAAGGUUCAAGUGCUUUAAUAGAAUGUAAUCUUACUGGAAACCAUUAUGAUGACAUUCUGUGGUACAAUUCCAAAGGUCAUAUCUUGGAUGAAGAGAGAGGAGGAGGAAAAUGGUUAAUUUUGGACAAUGGUUUUCUGAAUAUCACUGCGGUGACUUUUGAAGAUCGAGGCAGAUAUACUUGCAUAGCAUCCAGCUCUUCUACCUACUUUAACUACACCAUCACCCUACGUGUAGCCUACACACAUGGUGGUAUGGGUCUGUACUUUGUUAUUGUAUGCCUUGUAGCUUUCACUAUUACAAUGAUCCUUAAUAUUACUCGUCUUUGCAUGAUCAGCAGUCAUUUGCGCAAAACUGAAAAAGCUAUUAAUGAGUUCUUUAGGACAGAAGGGGCAGAGAAGCUUCAGAAGGCCUUUGAGAUUGCCAAACGUAUCCCAAUAAUCACUUCGGCCAAAACUCUUGAACUGGCAAAAGUCACGCAGUUCAAGACUAUGGAAUUUGCCAGGCACAUCGAAGAUCUUGCUCGAAGCAUUCCACUGCCACCGCUUAUCUUAAACUGCAGAGCAUUUGUGGAGGAGAUCUUUGAGGCAGUCCGUCUGGAGGAUCCAGAUCAACCUCGGGAAUCUGAAGAAGAAGAAAAAGUUGCUAUCAAAACUGCCCCUCAGGGAAUAUACACAAUUGAAUCUGAAAUACACAGUAACUUCUCCCCAAGAGCUGAUUUAGAAAGUGAUGUCUUCAACAAAGGUCAGGAAAUUGCAGUCAAGGUGUCAGUUCAUUCUUCUUCUUCUUCUAGAAACAAGGGCUUAGACACUGUUUCGAAUAGCAGUUCAGAAAAUGAAUGUAGCAGUCCUAAUCAGGUAAAUAGCAUCAUUUAUGAAAGUCACAUAUAGAAUAGACAGGUCAUAGUCGAGUUAAUGCAUGAAUCACAUGUGUGUCCUUUACCUUUUAAAGUGUAUAUAUUUUAUUUUUUUUGCACAUACUUUAUUUUGUAAGGGUCUACACAUGGAUAUAAUGCUUUGCUUGGAUUAUUAUUUGUUGUGACUUUUCUUGAUGGAUGCCUUAAACAUCCUGGUUUACAAAGAUUUUGUGGGGGUUCAAUACAUAAUACAAACUAGGAUAGUCCUUGAAUAAUUUUAUAACUUUUUAUAAAAUUAAGUUAAUUGCCUAUGAAAAGAAAGUCAGAUUUUGUAAAAGCAGAGUAACAUAGGUGCUUUUUGUUUUUGUAUUAUUAUUUCUUAGUUUUGUGAUGCAAAUGUAUGAAAGGCUUCAAGUACAUUCUAAUUGAUUUUGGAUAUGUCUUACAUUCCCGCUAUUGUCAUGGCACGAAUAUAUCUUUUGACUAUUUCUGACUGACCUGAAAUAUGCUGCAGUUGUUACAGCAGUUUGAAUUAAAUUUUGUGUUGCUUUAUCAUCUGUAUUAAGAUUAUAAUAUUUAUUAUAUUAACUGCAGCAUACUUAAAGCAGGCACAACCAUGUAGUUCACAGAUGCAUUCUAAACUAGCUCACGAAAUUAAUAUCCAUUGCAGCCAAUAAGUGUGGUGAAACAGUAUCAUCAAGUCGCUUGUGUGUUAUGGUUUCUAAUGGCUUAAAAGUCUGUAUGUUCAUUUGGGAUUUGCAGAUUUUUACUUUACAAUAAAUAGAACAUUAUUUAAUAGGAAAGGUAAUUGCCUGGGAGAUUAUCACUAUUUUAUUUGUUACCGUAGAAUGUCAUUUUGUAUCGUUAAGUAUUGCCAUUAGGUUCUGUAAUAUAUUGAAAUCUAUAAUUUAAUUUUUUAUUGAAAUUAAAAUUGUAAUCAUAUCUCUUAUAAAAAUAUGUAAACUAUUACACUUGAGAUUUUUCCAGUAAUGAAUGCAGAAGUUUUGACGUAAGGUAGUGUACUUACUAAUAAUGGUGCCAGGGAGAAACAAUGAGUUGCAUGUUGAUUAGCACAUGCAAGCAAGAAUUUCACUUUACUCUGUUUACAUGACUAAUAUGACCCUAUAAAUUGUUCUUCAUUAUGUGUUUAAAAUGUGCAAGGACCCCACUGGACUCCUGACAUUUUCAAGAAGAUCAAAAUACAGAGCUAAAUUGUUAAAUUCCAACAUUUAAACUGGCAACGUUCCUAUGUGUGUAUUAUGUAUCUUACGGGAAAUUGGACAGAAUAGGAAUGCCACAGAAAUGUGCCCGCUCCCAUUAAUGUAAGUAACUUGUAAUAAGUUUCACAGCAAAAAAAAUUUGACACAGUGUUAAACGUUCUAUCUCUCAUAGAUACAGGGGUUAGAUAUGGCAGCUGUGUGUAAUUUUUUUUUUGGUCUGUUUUGCUGAUAUGUAACAAACACAUGGCUUGAAACUCUGCUGCCUCACGCUGUCAAAGUUCUAGUUUCAGAUAUGCACCCAAGCAUUACCUAUGUUAAAUUUACAUUUUUUCUCCAUGUCUGCAUGAGUUUUCUCCUGGCAUUCUUCCUGUUUCUGGAGGGCCUUCAUGUUAGGAUGAUUAUAACCUUUAAUAACCCCAUUGAUUGCAUGCAUGGGUUUUCCCUACCAAGAGCUGGCUUGAGCCUUGCCCUUUAUGUUGCAAGAAUAGGCUCUGGCAUUCCGUGACCUGGUACUAUAGUAAGCAUGUUUGAAAGGUCAAUAAAUAAGUGUGUCAUUAUCAUACAUACUUUUCACAAUUUAUUAUUGUUAAAGAGUGAAGUUUAAAGCUUAUGCAAGUAGUGAUGCCUUUAAAGUGCUCUGCAGUUUAGACUUUAUAAGUAGCAGUAGUUAUGUUCAGUAUAUUUAUUAAUAUUUAAAAAAAAAAAAA